AUGCAAGUUAUAUUCUCCCACAUUGCCAAUAUAACAUUUCCUUAAUUCUUGGUUUCUGGGUUUUGAGUUUUCGCCGUGAGAAUAGAGAGGUUUUUAGUUUCUGGGUUUUAUUUUGUGGUUUUGGGUCUUAAAGAUCAGUGUGAUUUCUUGGUUUUUAAACCGAGAAAUGUGUAAACUUUAUAGGUUGAGUGAGUUUGUUCUGGGUUUGAAACCGUGAGAAGCUUGAGUGUUUGUUUACUAAUUUGGGAUUGUGUUUUCUCUCAUAUUUAUAAAAACCCUAAAUUCCAGAGUGGUCUCUUCUGCUUCCACCACUAUCAAACUCUUCAUCUGUCAAUCCAGGAGGUGCCUCCAUUUUAUUCCUGAUUUGACAGCUUAGUAUUGAAGGAAGAUGCCGCAUAGAACACGACCUAUGACUGCACUCUUGGUGUUCACUGGAGUCAAUGCUGUACUAGUGUCUUCCAUUGAAUCCGUCUAUGACUUUGUUUGCUUUCUUCCAUAUUGGGAAAGAAGGAGGGAAAGGCGCUGUCUAGAGCGUGAAUCAGCUAAACAGAAGAAUUCUGAAUUAAAACAGAAUGGUUACUAGUUAAAUCUUUAAAUAUCAAGUUCUUGUACCAUAGAAUUCAGAGAAAUGAGGAAAGCCUCACUAGGAAUUUUUGGCAUGGCUUGAUCCCUUUAUUUUGGUUCUUUAUACAAUGUACAUCUCUUGCUGUGGAAUAAAAGCAAAACAAUAUUAUCAUGA